AUGCAUUUAGUCAAGUCAAUUGCAACAGGACUGCUGGUCGCUGGCUGCGUGCUGGCAUCGGCAGCCCCGAAGCCAGCGCCAGUAGCCCAGCAUCAUCCUCACAAGAUCGCGCCCAAGGUCUUCAUUGUCUCUAUGUUUGAACCCGAAGCCGCCGUAUGGUGGAACAUCCCCGAGUUUGAUCUCUUCGAGCACAACAUCACAGUGCCCGGUGCCUCGCCCGUCUAUCCCGACGUCUACUGCACCGCCGACCACAGCAUCUGCCAGCUCAUCACCGGCGAAGGCGAGAUCAACGCAGCCGUCACCGUCUCCUCUAUCGCCUUCUCCCCUCUUUUCGACCUCACACACACCUACUUCCUGAUCGCAGGCAUCGCCGGCAUCAACCCCAAGGUCGCCACCAUCGGCGGCGUCACCUUCGCCCGGUACGCCGUGCAAGUGGCCCUACAGUACGAGAUCGACAUCCGCGACCUCGGUCCGAACUAUACAUCCCCCUACAUCCCCCAGGGAGCUAAGGCCCCGGGCCAGUACCCAGCCAGCAUCUACGGCACCGAAGUCUUCGAAGUCAACGCCGAGCUGCGCUCGCUGGCCGCCUCCUUCGCCCGCACGGCGCAGCUGGCCGACUCGGACAAAGCCAAGGCCUACCGCGCCAAGUACAUCACUGACAGUGGCAUCUAUGCAGCCGGCACCCAGGCCCCGUCAGUCGUGGAAUGCGACGUCUCCACAACCGACGUCUAUUUCAGCGGGACAAUCCUCGACGACAUCUUCGACAAUACCACUCGGGUCUUGACGAACGGGACGGGCGUGUACUGCAGCACCGCGCAGGAGGACAACGCGACGCUCGAGGCCCUGCUGCGUGCUGCGUCCCACAACCGCACGGAUUUCUCCCGGAUUAUCGUCAUGCGCACGGCAUCCGACUUUGAGAGGCCGUAUCCUGGCCAGUCAGCGAUUGAUAAUCUGCUGUAUGCGGACCAGGGCGCAUUUGGGCCUGCACUGCAGAAUCUCUACAAUGCUGGGAUUAAGGUUGUGCAGGGCAUUCUGGACGACUGGAACAAGACAUUUGCAGCUGGUGUCAAGCCCAGCAACUAUAUCGGCGACGAGUUUGGGACGUUGGGCGGGAAGCCGGAUUUUGGGCCCGGGCCAACGAUUGCACGGGAAGAGUCGAGUGCGUUGAAGAAGAGGGGAAUGGCUAAGCGUGGAAGACGGGUGUAG